GAGGACAGAAGUAGCACUAUGCUACAGCAGGAAAAAGACCUCCGGAUACAUCUUGAAGUGAUGUUAAAGGAGAAAAAUCAGAGGAUGCAAGCACUCAAAACCUUAACCGAGCAGGAUCAGGAUCUCUGUGACCUCCUCUGCUUCCAGUCGUUUUCUGUCUCCGCUGAUUCUGUUCCAUCCCUGGAACAGCUGGAGAAAUUCCGUCAACGCAUCUCCUCUCUCACUGCUGAGAAAGAACGAAGACGUAAAGAAUUUGUCACAUUGAAGAAGCAAAUAAUACUUUGCAUGGACGAUCUGGAUCAGUUGCCUGAGACUAGUUUUGAAAAGGAUGUCGUAUGUGAAGAUGAAGAGAGUUUUUGCUUGUCUGAAGAAAAUAUGAAUUCACUCAAAGUCCUCCUUCACCAGUUGGAGAGCAGAAAGGCAGAGAAUGAGCGUGUUUGUGACUCUUAUCGGGAGAAGAUCCAUGAACUAUGGGAAAGGUUGCAGAUUCCACAGGAAGAGCGUGAUGCAAUUUCUGAACACAUGACCCUGUCAAAGAAAAUAAAUAUGGAAGCUUUACAAGCUGAGGUUAAACGUCUUGAAGAACUGAAGCUUAAAAAUAUUCAGAAUGUUACUGAGGACAUUCGGAACGACAUUGCAGUCUUCUGGGAUAAGUGCUUUUAUAGCACUGACCAACGGCAAGCUUUUGUGCCCUAUUAUGAUGAUGAUUUCAGUGAGGAACUCCUGAGUUUGCAUGAUGCAGAAAUAGUGUGGCUUAAACAGUAUUAUGAGGAUCAUAAAGAUCUUUUUGAAGGUGUUCACAAAUGGGAGGAAAGCUGGAGACUUUUUUUAGAGCUUGAAGAAAAGGCCAAAGAUCCAGCCAGAUUUACCAACAGAGGAGGAAACCUUCUAAAGGAGGAGAAACAACGGGCUGAUCUGGUCAAAGGUCUCCCCAAG